AUCUUUCAACUAAAAGUUAGCAAUAGAGAAAGAAGCAAAGUUGAACAACAAGAAGAAGAAGAAGAACCAUUUCCCAUUCUCAUUGCAUGAGAAAAAAGCCCCCCACCAAAAUGGAUAACCAAAACUCAGCUGAAUUCCAUUGCCAUAUUCCUUCUCAACCAUUAGAAUCCAAGAAAACCCAUCACCCUUAUUAUAACAAUGAAACUGAACAAGAAAGCCCUUCCUAUGAUAAUGAUGGUGAUGAUAACAAGGUUACACAAGGCUCAUCUUCAAAAACCAGUCACUUUGACAAGAAGGAAACUGCAUUGCAAGGCCUGCCUUCGAGUCUAGUAGAUGCUGGCAAAGAACAGAAGAGCGCUAUGGCCAUCGUCAUGCCAGAGGAUAGUGCACGUGAGAGGCUGAAGAGGCAUAGAGUUGAGGUGGCUGGUCAGGUUUGGAUUCCAGAUAUAUGGGGUCAGGAAGAGCUUUUGAAGGAUUGGAUAGAUUGUUCUGCUUUUGAUGCUUCUUUAGUCCCUAAUGGAAUCAUGUCAGCUCGUGCAGCUUUGGCUGAUGAGGGAAGGAGAGCAACUUCUAGCGGGUUAAGAAUAGAAAACAGGAGUUUCAAUUCUGCAAAUCCAAACUCAGGAUGAGGAUUUUGAAAAGUAUGAAGAGUGCAACACGUUUCUCAAUCGCCAUUCCUUCUUUUAGUAGGUUAUCUUGAAUCUUGAAUGUUUAGCAAAUCGAUCGUAAUUAGUCGAACUGUUCAAGGCUUAUCUUUCUAUUCUCUUUUCUGGUUGUAGCUUAUCUUUCUGUUCCCUUUUCUAGUCGCCAGAUCAAUGGUUUAUCUUUCUAUUCCCUUUUCUGGUUGUAGCUUAUCUUUCUGUUCCCUUUUCUGGUCGCCAGUCAUUGAUCGGAAAAGCCUGUAAAUUCCAUUUCCCUCCUCCCUCACCUCUCCAGAAACUAUGCAUGGGCUGUGGUCCAGGAUAAUUGAAGAGUAGUUGUGACUUGUGAGUGUUGUAGAAGUGAUUAGAAAUUUAGAACUAUCAGCUAGAGCACCCUAAGGUAUGUAUCUAACUGAACCUAAUUUUAGUCAGUAAAUUAAUGCCCAACUCUCUGUAGUUGACUCAGCAAUGUAGAUUAUUUUAUUAAGGCUCAUACUUCGACACCCAAACAAAUGUUGCAACGAAUAACACCCUUAGCAAAGUAGUAGUAGUGCAAUUUCUUGCAUACUGAUUUACUAGCAAGGCGUGACUUUCACUAGCUACAACCAGAUUUCAUACAUAGGCACUCAAUACCACAUGCACAGUACUUGCUUUGAACUAAUAAUCACAGAGAGAGAGUAGAAUGUAAAGCCAGAGACAAAAUUAUCUUAUAAACAACUUAUGGUUCAAAUGAGCAGAGCAAAUCUGCUGGACAGUAAUUACAGCCACAUUUUCCUUGAGAAAAUAACCUUUUCUUGUAUUAGGCAUAAUUACCUUGGUUUAUCCAAUAGGGUAAACUCCCUCCCUACCCAGAUGACUGUAGUUUGAAACCUGGCUUCCCCUUUUACUGAGGGGGCCAAUGCCAUUUAAGCCAAAAGGCUUGGCUAAAUAAACUAUCUUGAUAUUUCACAAAACUUCAAUUAAUGUAGAAUUUGUACAAUCACUCAUUCAGACAUAA